UAUUACACAGCAAUUUGUAUUGCGCAACAGACGCGUCAUUGCCAGCAAGCAACGCUGCGUGCGAAAACGCGUCUGUCAACAUGUCUGAGCGCUCCAAAGGUGACGUGUCGUCGCGCGUCAACAACAAUGCUGCCAAUCGGAUUGUAAAAAAUCCACUGCUCAGCGCUUCGGUGACCGGAUUGAGCUACGAUGAUUAUCCUAAUAAGCCGCUGCUGCUGCCCGCAGCGCCGCCCGUGGUGCAUGCAACGCCCUCGCAGCCAACGAACGCUCUCAUCGCUGGCAUUCUCAAUCGCGAGCCCAAAUCGCUGGUGACAGUUGGACAGUCAUCGAGUCUUGACGAUAACGAAACGCUUGACGAGAUUAACUUGAACGCGAGCGGAAGUGACGAUUCAGCGACAGUAAACGCAUCAAUCAAUCCAUAUCAGAGCGCAGCGGAUGCUAACGCAAAUCCUUUGCUAGAGCCGGCAACAGGUGCAGAUUCGCUGUUUAGCCAGGCGGCAUCUUCGUUUGGAGCGUUGCCUUCGGUGGCUUCCAACGUUUUUUCUACCUUCUCGAAGCGCAUCUACGCGGGCACUCGAGAGACGGACGAGUCAACGACGCCAACGCAGCCUCAACUGGAUAUUCAGCCGACUUAUAUACAACAGGCGGGCCAAGUGGCACUACCGCCCGCACCCUUCUACGCCGCACCACCAACUGUCGUGGGCGAAGCGGCGCCAGAGCCACCUAAAUUAUAUGCACCCACAGAGCUGCCCAGCAUAGGAGCUGGCUCUCUGUCCUUGCCGCCUGCCGCUUCGGCUGGUCAAAAUACUUAUCGUAUCAGCGCAAAAAAAAAACUUUACGCUCCCAUACCUGGUCUUUCCGAGCAACAACAACAGCAUCAGCAGCCAGUGACAGCUGCUCCUUUCCAAAUACCACCAUAUCCAACACAGCCAGCGGCUGCUUUUGAACCGCUCGCACGACCAGUUCAAGAGGAACGCAAAUCGGGUGGUGGCCUCUUCUCGCUGACCAAUCUGGUGCCCACUGGCGUCCUACAGAACAUCUCGGGUCUAGUGCAAUCAGCCACUGGCAGAAACAACGAACCAGCACCAUCUGCUGUCAACUACAGCGCACCCAACCCAGCAUCUAAUCCAGCUGGAUACUUUGACAUUAGCACCGGUCCACUGCAGCCAACAAAUCCAGCAUCGGGCGCUAUACCCUUUGCUCCUAGCUAUUUGGCGUCCACUGCAGCACCAUACACAGGCGGAGGUUUCUAUAAUCCAUCCGUAGUUACUUCAAUUCCAGAGGCUGCUCCUCCAUCCUCAAUUGGUGGUUAUUUCACGCCUUUAACAGCUGCUCAAACAUCGCUCCUGACAUCUACUCAGCCACAUUCAGUCGCUCAGCCACCUUCAGUCGCUCAGCCACCUUCAGUCGCUCAGCCACCUUCAGUCGCUCAGCCACCUUCAGUCGCUCAACCACCGACAGUCGCUCAACCACCGACAGUCGCUCAACCACCGACAGUCGCUCAACCACCGACAGUCGGUCAACCAUCGACAGUCGCUCAUUCACCGCAGUCGUCAAUCGCUCAGCUAACGGCGUUUGUUGAGGGCACUUCCGCCACAGGACCACCUCCAGCUGCCACAGUUCCCCCACCCUCAGUUGGUGGAUUGUCACAAGCAUCCUAUCGCCUUCAGAAGGGCACACGACUCUACAGAAGUCCGCUGACAGCGCAGGAAACUUCAACUAUAGCAACGCCCUUUGGUCAUCAAGCGCCCUUUGCGCCCACAACAUCUGCAACUCCGGCUAUUUUUAAUCCAUUUGGAGAGGCAAAAGCAGCAGAAGUAGCUUUAUUUGCAGCUCCUGCACAGGAAGUUCCACUUUUUUCAGCUGGACCAUCAACAGCUCCACCACCUUCUCUUUUUGCGACACAGACGAAUACAACGACAGAGAUCUGUCCGUCAGCAGCUCCACCAAGCGCUUCCCUCUUUACGCCAGUCUCGGUACCAACAACCACAGUUCAGGAGGUUCAUCAAUUUCAAAGCACAGUCGCUGAUGUAUCGCAAGGACUUGCCUUACAUCCAACAUCAACAGUAAGCAACCAAUUUGCCACGCAGGCACAGAUUCCAGAGCCAAGCACUAUCUUAGCUCCAACCCAGGAAGUUUCCUUGUUCGCUCCGCCACCAACUGCUGCAGUUUCAUCUGCGCCAAUUCAGGAAAUUGCCUUGUUCCCCACAUCGCAGGACUUGCCCCUAUAUCAACCUGGACCAGCAACAUCAGUUUUAACUCCACAGCUGAAAACAGAAACAGAAUCAAUAUCGGAAUUAAUUAAAGAAGUUCACUUGUCGGCUGCACCACCAACUACGACAACAGCGACAAACUUACCAACUGAAGCAUUACAGGGACUGUCUUUAAGUCCGCUAGGAACAGUAAACUCUUUGUUCCCUUCACAACAAGUUAAGGAACCAGAGCCAUACCAGACAGAUUCCACAUCCACGCCAAGCCACGCAAUUCCCACUCAGGAAACUCCCCUAUUCACAAGCGCGCCAACGGAAGCACCGCAAGGACUGUCCCUAAAUUCGCAAGGACAAUCAGUUUCUCUCUUCACUGUAGGGGGUGCACACGAACCAAGCGCACCACCAAAUCCAGAAGGAACUCAAGAAAUUCCACAGCUUGCAGCUGCAAUACCAACUUUUGCUGUUCGGGAAGGACUUCCGCUGUAUCCACCAGCAGAAGCUGCUCCUAGCACUGUGUCCACUGAGCUUGAUCAAGAAAUUCCUUUAUUUGUGCCUGUACCUAAAGCAACACCAGACGGCGAGGCAAAUCAAGGAGUAGCUCUAUACCCACCAGCACCAAUAGACACAGCAGAUCUGGUCGUGAGUUCAGAUACAUUAACCAGCUCUUCAGCAACAACAAGCGCUUCACCCGCAACUUUCAACGCCACUAGCCUAUUUGCACCACUUCCCAGAGCUGAAAUACCACAGGAAGCUUCAGGACUAAGCACAAGCGACUUGUUUGCGCAGCCAUCGCAGCUGCACAGGGUUGCGCUAACCACUCAGACAACAACCACAUUUCUCAAUCCUUUUGCACAGACGAUAACAACGCCUCUGCCGCAGGAGCUAUUGCCACCGCCCAUUGGAUUUGUGGCACCCAGCACGCAGGCAGACGACAACGUUCUCUUCGCGGAACACACCAUUGAGCCCGUGCUGUUAGAGACAGAGACCGCUAAACCAGUAGCACCACCGUUGCCACCACCACCUAGUAGCAAGCAGGCAGACAAUUCCGCCCAGGCAAAUCCUUUCCGAAAAAGCCACGAACCAGUUGCAACUUCAGUAGCAGCGGUGCCAUCGCCAUUGCUGAGUUUCUUUACACCAGCGUCCAACAGCAGCGAUUUCAACUUUUUUGGAGCAGCACAGGAGACAACUCAGGCAGUAGGCAGUGGUCAGUUCCCAAAUUUACCACCUCAAAUUGACGUUGCACCACCGGCACUGGCACAGGAGCCGCCUGUCACUCACGCACUUGGCUUUGAGCAACUUAUCAACGAUUCACAGCAAGCAACGCAGCAAGCUCAAAACUCAACUGGAAAUAUCUGUCAAAAUUCUAGUGUAAACUCGUUCUCAAAUUAUUUUGGAGGGUCAGGAGAGCCAGCUCAACCAGGCGGACAAGCACACCCACCGCAGGAACAGACACAGCCACAGCCACAGCUUACUGGCAGCAACUCGGUCAAUUUCUUUGAUAAUUUUGCCGCAGGCGGCCAGGGGCAGGAGGAUCAACGCAUCCAGAACUUUUUCAACAAUCCACCGCUGCAGGAUCAGCCAGCUGCACCCGGAGAACUAAAAUACGAUAUUGUGCACAGCGGCCUGCCAAGCAAACUCUUCGAGGAACGCUCACAGACCUCUGUCUCGAAUCUGGUCGAGCCGCCAUCGUCCGCCUGCUCUGAGUUCUCCACAGCUGUACCGUCAAACGUAAGCCUCGUAGCCGUACAGCAGUCGGAGCGUCAGGCAGAAUAUUUACAUCAAUUGCAUCAGGGCGAAUUGCCUGAAGAGAUCCUCCAACAGCUGAGAAUGGCCAACGAAAAGGGUCAGGCCAUUGCGCCGCCAGCCGAGGCAAUUAUUUAUACGCCCGUAUUGCCCCAUUGGUUCUACAAACGCAUCGUGGAUGGAAAGUAUUUGUGGACCCCAUUCAGUCACUACGACUCGGCGCUGCUAGAGACCAGUCUGAACAGUGAUGACGCCGAUUCGACGUGUAUUGUGGCCGUUGAAGGCGGUCGUUAUGACGUUAACAUCAAAGAGCGCACCAAGAUACCAGUCUUUUGGGAGGGCAAGGCGAUUGAGGUGCGUCGCUGUUCCUGGUUCUACAAAGCCGUGGACGGGAAGUAUGUGCCGUAUGCUGAGGAAACCGCAGCGGCACUAGAGAUUGAAUAUAAACGCGCGACGGAAACAAACGAAUGGCAUAAAAAGAUAAUGUUGGUCAAUGGUGAGCAGGUCACCAUGCAUGGUCCCAGCGUCAUGGUGCACUUUAUGCCACCAUCGAAUGCCGACACGUGGGGCGGCACCGUGCAGAACUCAACGAGGCCGCUGGUCGUCAAGCGGGAUUUGAAUGACUUUAAGAUACAGCAGGGCGAAUCUCAGCGAGUGGAUCAUUUGUUGUUCAUGGUGCAUGGCAUUGGAUCUGCCUGUGACCUAAAAAUGCGCAAUGUCGAGGAAGUUGUCGAUGAUUUUCGCAAUAUUGCACUACAGCUGGUGCAAUCUCAUUACAAGAACUCCAUGGACAUGGGAUUGGUGGGUCGCGUUGAAGUAUUGCCCAUUGAGUGGCAUGGCCAUUUGCAUUCAGAGGAGCUGGGCAUUGAUGAGAAGCUCAAGUCCAUCACUCUGGAGUCGAUACCGAGGUUGCGCAACUUCACAAACGACACGCUGCUUGAUGUACUUUUCUAUACCAGUCCCAAGUACUGCCAGAAAAUCAUGAACACGGUCGCUGAUGCAUUGAAUGAGGUCUAUCUGAAAUAUCGCAUGCGGCAUCCCGAAUUCAAUGGCGGCGUCUCACUAGCUGGCCACAGUCUGGGUUCACUAAUACUGUUCGAUCUACUGUGCCAUCAGGAGUCACUUAAGGAGAGCGAAGAGGAGAAUAAGGAGAAUCCUGAUCAAUUGCCGCGGAAACAAGGCACCGAAUCCAGACAGGUGCAACUGCCCAACAAUGAUGAAAUGAUGCCCAAGCAGGUCAGCUACGCUAUGGGUUUGGGACCGGCGGGCACUGGACAGCCCGUCAUUAACUACACGCAGCUGAUUUUCCAUCCCAAGAAGUUCUUUGCGCUGGGCUCGCCUAUUGGCAUGUUUGUGACCAUCCGUGGCAUCGAUAAGCUGGGUCUUGAUUUUCGGCUACCCACGUGUCCGGGCUUUUACAAUAUAUUCCAUCCCUUCGAUCCGGUUGCGUACCGCAUAGAAGCACUAGUCAAUCCGGAUAUGAAAGGUAUCCGACCGGUGCUAAUACCACAUCAUAAGGGUCGCAAGCGCAUGCAUCUGGAGCUGAAGGAGACAAUGACUCGCGUAGGUGCGGACAUCAAGCAAAGAUUCAUGGAUACAUUCAAGACCACACUGGAUAGCGUUAAUUUCCUGGCUACCGUCACCAAGGUCAAGAAGGAGGCCGAGGAGUCGCUCGAAAAAGAGGUGCAGUCUAGUUCUUCACAGGUAUUCCAAAAGCAAACAGAAGAUCAGGAUCAAUCAUCUGUGGCGACAACUUCGACGCAUGCGCGCAAUCGUACCGAUUCCGAGUCGACAAGUAAUUCAGACCCCGAAUUCAUUGAACUCGACUUUCCACUAGGUAAAUUAAACGACUCGAAACGCGUCGACUAUGUGCUACAGGAGGCGCCACUGGAAUUCAUCAACGAGUAUAUCUUCGCCCUAAGCAGCCAUGUUUGUUACUGGGGCUCCGAGGACACUAUUCUAUUUGUAAUGAAGGAAAUCUACGCUGGCUUGGGCAUUAGCACAGAUAGCCAAGUGCCGCAGCAAUCUAUGACCAUUGAAAGGCCCAGCUCACGCAAUAACAGUGUCAGUCAGGCUCUAUUGCCGAUGUGAGUUUAGAUUUGGACACACUGCAUUAGCUCGUCUUCGUUUACAACAUACUAUUAUUACAAAUAUUUAGAGACAAUUUAUUUAACUAUUUUAUUUGUUAGCAAAAUCAUGCAAAGAAUUUAUAAAAUGUGCAACUCUAACUUGGUUAAUGGUCUUAUCAAAUUAAGAAGUCUUGCAUUGUCAGAAAACAAAUGAAAACAAUCCGCAAGAGUACUCUGUUUUUGGGAGCUUUACAAUGUUGAUGUCUACAUAUACACGUACAUACUAUUUACUCCAUAUACACUAUGUGCUUUUGUUUUUAUUUGUAAUAUUGCGUUUCUAAUACGACUUUGUAAUAUGUAUAAAUGUAUGGUAUAUAAAAUUAUA